AGCAGCCUGUUGAAAAUAGGUUUUUCCAAGGUUUUGUUUAUUCCAUUUUUGUUUAAACUUUGUUUAAAUUGUUAGUUAAAAAUGUCAAACUCUCAAAGAAACAGCAAUCGGCCAUCAGUCUCACAAAGUCCACCGACAGGCGAUCCCGAACCUAAUACUGGUGACGGUGCUGUUGAUGCACCGGAGACUUCUGAUGACAAUGCGGCGUGGAAUACGGAUGAUGAUGGUGCUGCUGCUGCUGCUGCUGCUAUAUCACCAACGGGCGAACUGACAGAGAGUCCAAGUAACUUGGAUAUUCCGUCAACCAAGCGGCGUCGACUCGAAUAUUUUCGCAAUGGAAUUGAUGCCGAUUGCGAGGUGCAUGUGCCCAAGAUGACCGACGGUGUCAAUGAGGGUGGCAAUGUCUGUUAUAAGAAAUUUAAAUGUCAUCGCAUAUUUUUGGCAACCGCUUCGGAAAAACUCGAGCAGGAUGUUUUUCAAAAUAAACAAUGGAACGGGGUAUUACAAAUUAAUGGCGUCUCACCGGAGAGUGUGGAAAUAUUUUUGGAAUUUAUUUAUACAUUUGAGAUAACAUCCUCUCAAAUCAAUCUGCUCAUCAUUGGGGAUAUAUUCAUUCUGUCCUGUGCAUAUAAUUUGCCCGACUUUUUGCUCAAGUUCUCGCAACAGCUCAAAAAUAUUAACUGGCCAUUGGAGGGCAUAUUUCCCGCCUUCAAUUUGGCUUUUCGCCACAAUAUUUACGAUCUGGAAAAUGUCUGCCUAACAAAAAUUUUAGAAAAUGCAGAAACGCUCAAAUCCGAGCCGGGAAUUAUAGAACUGCAGACAUACGCCUUCAAUUUCGUCAUCCAGCAUUGGCUGGCCACAGAAGCGCUAUCCACAAACGAAAUAAUCCAACUACUGCAGCAAUACCAGAAGGAAAAUAAUUUAACAUUUAAAAACUCGCAACAAUUUCCACAUUUCAUAAAGAUUAUCAAAUACUUCCCUACCGUGCUCCUAGACGCCGAAGGAUUCAUACAUAAAUAUUGAUUAAAUUUGAUCGUAAUGGUUAACAA